UUCACAGAACUACUACAAAAAAUCUUUUGCAGUUUGCUAAUCAACAUCCUUCGGCUGUUCAGGAUGGCCAACAGUUUGGGCCUAUUGCGAAAUUCGCUCCACUCAGGAAAAUAUGUCCCAGUGAAGGUAUCGUCGCAGUGUAAACACACGGCCGCCAGUGCAACACAGCUGGAGAAAAUCCGCGAACGACUGGAAAGUGGACCCAACUUUCAAGACUUUGUACAACACCCGGACUACAACAAAGAUGACUGGUCGGCGUACGAGGGGAAGCUUCGGCGUGAAAAGGGUGAAAAUGAGCGGCUCCGCUUGCCGCCGUGGCUAAAGACGAAGAUUCCGAUGGGCAAAAAUUUCACACGUAUCAAGGAGCAACUCCGGGAGCUGAAGUUAGCGACCGUGUGCGAAGAGGCAAAGUGCCCCAACAUUGGUGAAUGCUGGGGAGGCGGAGAGCAUGGCACGCAAACUGCUACGAUUAUGUUGAUGGGCGACACCUGUACACGAGGCUGUCGUUUCUGCAGUGUGAAAACCGCUCGCAUACCACCACCAUUGGACCCAGCCGAACCAGUCAAUACGGCGACCGCGAUUGCAUCUUGGGGACUGGAUUACAUUGUGCUCACAUCGGUUGAUCGUGACGAUCUGCCGGACGGUGGCUCAAAGCACAUUGCUGCGACAAUUUCGGAGAUUAAGGCAAGAAACCCUCGAAUAUUCGUAGAAUGCCUUGCACCCGACUUCCGCGGGGACGUGGAGUGCAUCCAGGCGGUGGCCAUGUCUGGAUUGGAUGUGUACGCGCACAACAUCGAAACAGUCGAGGCUCUAACACCCUUCGUGCGUGAUCGGCGGGCUCGCUACCGGCAGAGUUUGGACUGUUUGGCGACGGUGAAAAAAAUCAAUCCGAAUCUCAUGACCAAGUCCUCCAUCAUGCUCGGACUGGGCGAGACUGACGAACAAGUUGAACAGACGCUAAAGGAUCUUCGCUCCGUUGGCGUCGACUGUCUUACGCUCGGCCAGUACAUGCAACCGACCAAGAGGCACCUGAAGGUGAUCGAGUACGUGACACCGGAAAAGUUCAAACACUGGGAAGAGCGUGGCAAUGAGCUCGGGUUCCUCUACACGGCUAGCGGACCGCUUGUACGUAGUUCGUACAAGGCGGGUGAAUUUUUCAUCACCAGCAUUCUGCGCAAUCGGGCGGCGGCAGCGGAGGCAGAAAAUACGACGAAACCAUCCCACGAAGGGAAGCAAGAGGACAAGCGUUGAGCGACCUUUAUCUAGGAGGCCAUGCAACCGUUGGCUUUAUUGUUUUCUUUAUUGCUUCAAGCAAGAAACGUAAUAAACGUUGAUUAGUUUUUACCGACGGAAACAAGAAAGUG